CCCAGAGCCCACACAGUCCCGCCCUCUCUGCUCUCUUCUACUUCUGCUCCAAUCCAAAAUCCACCGAGACCUCACGGCGGCGGCCGCGCGAACCCUACCUCCCCCGCCAGCCUCAUGGGGCCGACCGUCGUGGCGCGCCGGAAGCGCGGGGCGGACGACUUCCUCAGCGCCGGCGACCCCUUCGACCUGCCGCGCCUGAUGAAGCGCGGCCGGUGCUCGGCGUCGGCGACCGCCGCGGACCUCGGCCUCAGCUUCCCGCUGGAGUCCGACCCGGUCGAAGCGCUCCAGCUUAUCUUCCCCGGCGCCGACCCGCAGAUUCUACGAGAUCAUUUACAAGCGUCAGGAAAUGUCUUGGAUGCUGCAAUCAGAGCAUACAAAGAUUAUUUAGCAGAUAGAAGUACAGAAUCUUCUUCUGCCGUAACCUAUGCUCCGUCCGACAACGGGGCAAAUGAUGCUGUCCCGAUUCAAGUUGAUUUGCCACUGUCAACUAUUCCCACCAAUGGCUCUGAAUGGGCAGAGCUCAUUGUCAAGGAGAUGUCCUCUGCUUCAGAUUUGGUUGACGCCAAGAAUCGCGCCUUCAAGAUACACAAACUAUUGGAAAAAUCUGCUGCUAGAGCUAGCCCAGAUGAAAAGCACAAAAUGAACAAGGAGCACAAGAUAGUGAAGCAGAUGCUGGGAGCCCUACUUCACCAGAACGGCGUUCUAAAGCGGGCAUUCCUCAUACAGCACAAUCGGCUCAAGGAAUAUCAAGAGAUGGUGCAGGAGCGGUCUCAAUUCAAUCAGGUCCUCGAGAAGUACCAGAAGCAAAUAAAGGCAUUAGAGGAGAAGAACUAUGCCUUGUCAUUUCAUCUUCAGCAAGUGAACCAAUGCAGCAGCACCUAUGGUUAUCGCAAUCCGGACGUCUUCUAACCAACACUGUUGGUUGAAGAAGACACAUCUAAUCAUCAUGCUGCAGAAAUUUAUGGGUCCACCAUGUCCUGAAACUGAGAGGGGAAACUUUUUCUGACAGAAAAAGUAUCAAAGAAAAGAUAUAUUCAUGUGUGUUAUUGCAAUGAGUUUGUGUUUAGAAUUCUCUAAACCAUUUUGUCAGAAAAAAGUAUCGGAUCUAGUUUAAGCGGGCAAAAUUCGAGUGAUUGGAAAAUUCAUGUAAACCAUUUUGUUCUAAAUUAUUAUGAUAGCAUAUUGUGAUGGUUCUCCAUCAAGCUCCCUACUGAGAAACGAUGAUAAAAAAUCCUUUAUAAGCAUCUUGCAGGGAUCAUCCACCUAA